UUGAACUGCUGCUUCUGUUUACAUUUUUUUUAAAUGAUUUUCGUUUUGCAGAUAUGGUGCGCACUAUGUUUACUGACAGGGAGGGUCGUGUUAUACUUAACGAGGGCACUUCUAAUGCGGAGUCUAAUGCUGAAGGUCGUCGUAUUAGGCCAACUGCUUCUGCAAGGGCACAACGACGACGAGUACAUUGGCAACAGGAAGAAGCCCAACCUGAACCCCAACCUGAACCCCAACCUGAACCCCAAUCUGAACCCCAAACAGCUGAUAUAGAUGAACCUCCACAGGAUGUUGGAUAUCCUGGUGGUCCGGUUGAUAGUUCUGUCCUUAUGACAUUUGGCGAUCAUGUUGCGACUCGACUCUGGGAUGACGAGGAUCGGGGAGAAUUAAGGGUGUUCAGCAAUGGGAAAAAAUUAAAAGAAGCUGUUAUUGAAGACGAAGAGGUUGAGCAACUGGUUAAAAGCUCGAGAUUGUAUUCGUUACUAAAAUGCAGCUAUGAAAUGAUCGACAAAGGGAUCAUUUCUGCAUUCGUAGAGAGGUGGCAUCGUGACACCAGUAGCUUUCAUCUCCCUAUUGGUGAAAUGACGAUUACUUUGGACGACGUGUCAUCUCUGUUGCAUAUUCCCAUUACCGGUGCAUUCUUCAGUGUUAAUGUAUUUAACAAGGAUGAAGGUGCAAAUAUAUUGGCAGAGCUUCUUGGAGUUAGUCACGGUGUUGCUUAUGCAGAAUUUAAUGUGACGCGGACAGCCACAGUUAGGUAUAGUUGGUUACUUGAUGUAUACCAUCAGCGUUGUCGUGAACAUCGUUGGCAGAUGGCUGCGAGAGCAUUUCUUUUGUUUUUGGUCGGUUGCACACUCUUCAGCGAUAAGAGUGCAUACGCAGUUAGUGUUGCCUAUCUUGAGUGCUUCCGGGACCUUAAUUCUUGCGGGGGAUAUGCAUGGGGUGCAGCUGCUCUUGCUUAUCUUUAUGACAAUCUUCGAGAAUGGAAAAAAUGUUUCUCAUUGGUUAAGUGA